GCGCGUCAGCAGCAGGAGCUUAGCGUCCGCCCGAGGCAAUGGGCACCCGAGCGGCUUCUUGGAUGCGCCGCUCAGACAGGGAUAGCGGAGCCCAGCCUGGCGCGGCGGCAAGAGGAGUGCUGCAGGGAGCGCGAUGGAGGCGAAUCCAAGGGGAGUUCUGAAGACGCUUUAUGUAGGCGGGAGGAUGCUAGUGGUCACGGAUGGAUCGUUGAAAACAAAAUAGAAAUGGAACCAAAGAUGGAAGUAAUAAGGAAAAAUAUGAAGGGAUUAUUUUUGGUGGAUCAAAAUUGUCUGAAAAAAUUUACAAUUCCUAAAAAACCUCCUGAUAAAGAUUUUUUAACAGAGUGCUUUGCUAAUCAAAGGGACUAUAAUGAGAUUAAACAACGUCUGAAUGAAAAUUGCCUUGAUAUACAGUGCCAUUUGGAAUCUUUAUGGCAAUUUCAUAAAAUAGAGAUGGUUCAUAAUAAAGAUUUGGAAGAAGAAUUCAUUGCAAAAAGGACUGAGUUGCGUGAAGAAGGAAAGCAAGAUAAAGAACUCUCUAGCUUUUUAGUUGUCUCUAGAAAUGAAGUGCCACAAAUUUGUCAGAAUGGCCUAUGUACCAGUGAUUUCAAAAGAGAAAUAAACAUUAUGAAAGAACUAGGAAAUCCUCAACUUGGAGUUUACUUGUUCCGAUAUAUUGAUAUUGCUUUGAAUUAUGCAUCCAAACAUUCAUUUCCAGUAGAAAAUAUCAUUAUAUUCAGGGUUCUUUUAGGAAAAGUUAAAAAGGUUCAACCACCUAAAGGCCAAAAGAAAAUUUUACUGGAUCCAACUCCAAACUUCAAUUGCCAUAUGUCUAGAAUUCAUCCUUCACUUAACGAUUCUUUGGAGGAUCAGGCUACUAGGUCUUUGAUAUAUUUUUAUGAAUAUAAUGAACAUUCAAAACCUGUGGAUAAGCCUAGGCAAUGUCUUCCAUAUGCUGUAAUACAUGUAAACUCUGUUAAUCAGAAGGGAGGGGCUGAUUCCUUCCUAACAUCUUUGAAGUGCAAACUUAAAAGAUUACCCAAGCACACUGGAGGAGUUAUCCCUCUGGAAAACUGUACACGUGUGACAAGGAUAGGUAAAAGCCAACUCAUCUACGAACAUUUCAGAAAACCAUUAGAAACGUAUGUAUCUGGAGAAGUUUCUUCUUUUUCUAAAAGCCUACAGAACUGGAAUGAUUCUGAAGACAACAAUCACUGUGAAAAAAAGAAACACAAGCCAGCUACAAGAUGGGAUUUAACACAAACGAAAGCAAAUAUUCCAUGUAAAUCUGGUAUGGAAGCCAGUAGAAGUAUCAGAGGUGAACAUGUGGGGGAUAAUAACACUAGUUUAAAAAUAAAUCCGGAAGAUUUUUCUGACUGGGAAAUUGGCUCGAGUACUGUAACUACUUCAAGGUUAAUUAAAGAUCCAAGAUUAACAAGAAGAGAACAGAAUGUGUUAAAGCAAAAUGAAGAACUUACUAUGAAACCAUCUUUUUGUAAUGACACCAGUAUAAGCACAUGCAAACUAAGUCCUGACAAUGUAACAUCUAGCAAAGACAAGAAGCACAGUCAAAGGGAAAUAGAUAGCCAGUUUCAAGGGGAUAAUAUUUUUCCUUCUGAAAUAGAGCAUUCUAUUCAACUUGACACCAAAUGUGCUACAAACAAUUGUACUUCAUCAAAAGCAAAGGAUUGUGGUAAUACUUCUCAGUCUGCCUGCUGUAAAAAAGUGUAUGCUUAUGAAUGGCCUUCAAAUGAAAUCACAUCAGAGAAUUUUGAACAAAAUAAGCGUCAAGCUCUGAAAAUUUUAAAUCUAAAAUCUAAAAAUUCCAACUUGUCUGAAAACAAUCAAAAAGAUAAGCAAAAAUGUUCAGCAUCUGAAAAAGCAAAUAACUCCCUAGAUAAUGAUUAUACAAUAAACAGUAUCAAAGAAAAAUCUUCCAAAAGAAUUAGCAAUAUAGAAAACCUCGGGUAUCAUCCUUCUGAUACCUGUAUAACUGAUACUGUUGUAAGAGGCCUUAGUGAAAAAAGUAUGUGUCUUUCCAAGCCAGAAUUGUUAGGCACAAAUAAUUUUGCGGAUAGGAUAUGUAUUUCCUUAUUUACUGAAGGACAAAAAAACUGUGAAGCAAACCACACAGAGGAAACAUGCUUUAAUGAAAUACAUGUAAACCAAUUAAAGGAGAAGGUUCCAUGUGAACAAGAAGGCCAAAAAUAUAAAUCUGCAACAGAAACUGCGUUUAAAAAUGCAACAGAAAGCUCUGCAAGAAAAAAGCAAGAACCUGAUAAGGUUUUGAAGAAAUUGACAGAUAAUACCAACAAUUAUGUAGAAACAUCAAAAAAUUCAGAUAGUUUAGAUUUAGAAAGCACAGAUUUUGUUUUUAACUUGAAUCUUCAAAGAAGCUCAUUAAUAGAAAUGGAGCUAAUGAACACAGAACAUUGCAAAGAGAAGUUUGAAGAAUUGCAAACAUUGCCUACUAAAAAUAAUGACUUGACAGAUCAUGAGAAAGUAAAUCACACAGUGUUACUCACAUCAGUUCCUAUAUCUUUGGGGAAUAUGGGAAAUACAGAAAUCAACAAACAGUUUGAAAAUAUAUCUUCAAAUGCCAGUUCUGAUAGCUUUUGUAGUCACGUUCCUGAAAUAUUUGGGCAAGAUUUAGAGAUGAAAAGUGAUAAUGCCCACAGCUUAGACAUUUGUGGUGAAAAUGUACUAGAAGAGUGUAAGAAAGGUCUCUCAGUGUGGCACAAGCCAUGUAAUCAUGGAAAUAUUAGUGAAGAGAAUGUCUAUUAUUAUUUACAAACACGUUUAGAUUGGGAUAAUCUGUUUGGCAAAACUGGCUCAAACGUAAACCUUUCAAAAAAUCCAACUUUGAAGACGAAUAAAGAUAAUUCUUUAUAUAGGGAGAAAUCUGGGGAGGAAAAAGGAACUGAGUUAUUGAAUACAUUUCCAUGCCCUGAUUUACAAAUUACAAUAACCAAUAUAGUUCAGUCAAAAUUAGAAACUAAAAUGGAAAAAUGUACAACUAAAUCUUCAGCACCCAAAAAAUGUAUUAAGUGGUCAAGAGGGGGAAAAAAGAAAAAAUACGCAAAGGGACAGCAAAAUUCCAAACAGUAUCACAAAAAGAAAGAACUCAACAUACGGUCUUCACCCCAGAUUUCUUCACUAUCCAAGGGACGGUAUAAAAAACCUGAGCAGUCUGAAAAACACAUUAAAAAUAUUUUAAGUGCCCUUGACAACACUGAAGCAUUGCUAUGCAAAACCAAAUGCCCAUCUCAAAAAAUAAUUGGUGCAAUGUUUCAGCUAAGAAAAGCUCGAAAAAGUGUUCAGAGUUUAAAAACAGUGACAAAAGCUGGAAGAAAAACUCCAGGUAGUGUAUUCUCCAAAGGAGAAAACAUUUUACCGAAUGGUAUCUUAGUGUUAGAUUCUUUUGAAACAUCAGAUUGCAGUACAGAUAUAUCUUUUAGCAGCGAUUGUGCGAAAAAUAAAGCAAUAAAAACAGUCUCUGAAAAAAAUGCUAUCUCAGAUACUACAGAAAUUAAAAGCAUAGAGCCACUUAGCACUGAGCCUUUCAUAUGCAACAAGAAGAGAUUUGCUGGGGAAGGCCUUUUUGAAAAUAGACAAGAAAAGAUUCAAGAGAAUAUAAUUACAGCCAUGGAAAACAAGCGCACUUUGAGUUCUGACACGAAUAGCUGUAGAAGCAAAACAGAUGGAAAUCAGUUUAACCCUAUGACAAGAAAGGAAUUAACUGUCUGUCAAAAAAGGCAAACAAAUGAUGAUAAAACGUUCAAAUCUCAUGUAAAGAUGAGUACUGUUAAAAUUGCUACAGCAAUUCAACCAACUUUUGAAUCUGCUGCAAAAAUAAAUGUGUUUGGGUCAGAUAUUGUUUCUGCACCUUGUCCCAAUUUGAAAAAAGUAAGCAAUGACAAAGAAACUGUGGAAAUAUCUGCAUUACAGGAAGAAAACAUGAUUUUGAGUGCUGGAAAGUGUCAUGCUUCAUUGGCAAGUUGGCCUUUAACAGAAGAGAACCUUAAGGCUAAAACCUCUGUGGAAAACCAUAGCAACAGGUCAUUGUCAUUAAAAACAAACAAUUCAUCAAACAAAAAUAUAGGUAUAAAUUGCUUUGAAAUCCCAGCAGGAUCCUCCAGUAGACAGAAGCAAAAACUAGAUUCUCAUUGUAAACAGGCUUUUUCAGAAUCAGAACAUUCCUGCCUUAAUACAUUUAGUCAAACAACUGAACAGGAAAUAUAUACUGCAGAGAAUAGGCAUUGUAAACCAUCGAGCAAGUCAGUUGAACACCAAGGAAAUACUAACAAAAUACCAUCUAGUGAUGAUCUGCUAUCUCCUAUAUCCUUCGAAGAUAAUACUUUAUGCCAAUCAUCUCAUCAUUGUGUACUACAGAAACUUGUAGAGGAAAAUGUAAAGGAAAGAGAACUAUCAGAAACCAUGAUUGACUCUGCAACUGAAAGACUAGAUAUAAUCCAUGACACUCCUCUGAAGUCAUUAAAUAAUUUAGAUUUAAGGCAGAAAAACUUGAAACAAAUAAAUGAUACCAUACUUAGGGAAUCCACAUGCAGACAGACUUCCUCAGGCAGUGCUUCUAACUAUGACCAGUUUCAUUUUAAUUCUCCACUAACUGCAGUUUAUCAUGUCAUGCCUGAUAAAACAAACCAACCCUUCACUAGCACCAAGGCCAAGCAAAAAGAACACUAUUUUUCAAGCAUGUCUUCUGAUCAUUGCAGCGAUUUCAGGAAUCACAUUGAACUUUCCAAAGUAGGAAUCAGUUUAAAAUCCUGUGAUUUCAGCUCUAAAAUAUCAGAGAUCUUACAAAAGGCAGAUAAAACUUCAUCUCUGAAUAUACUGCACGAACAGGUUUCAUAUUGCAAAAGUGCUCUUCCUUUGUUCAUUACGGCUUUUGAAAAAAAGCAAGGUUGUUCUUUUGAGCAUGCUUUGAUUUCUAGGGAAAUACUUGGAAGCUCUAAUGGAAAUAUGCAAGCGAGUCAGAAACUAAAACCUUGUGCUAUAGAAGCAUUAGUUGAGCUGCAAAUUAUAAUGGAAACGAUGGAGUUUAUAGAGAAUAAGAAAAGGUUUUUAAAAGGUGAGCCAACUUUCCGAAGUUUGCUUUGGUAUGAUGAUUCACUGCAUAGUGAACUGUUUGGUGGGCAUUCAGGUUAUCAACAGCAAUCAAAUUUAUAUCCUGCUUUUCAGAUGAGAUUAAAAUACAAUGCCCUUAAUGAAUUACAAAUCUACCACAAGCAGUUAAUGGAAGCUUUUGAAAACACUAUAGCUGAGAAUAAUUCUUAUUAUUGCCUGUUGAAAUUUAGGCGAGAAAUAGAGGAAUGUGAAUCAGUAAUGAAACAGAUUUCCAAUUUAUCUGAUUUUUUUUUAUCUGUGCCUUUCACUUGUGGAGCUAACUUUGGAGAUUCUAUAGAAGACCUAGAAAAUUCAAGAAAAAGUACAAUGGAUUUAAUAAAUAUAUCUAAAAGCCUUCCAGGCAUGAAUUUGAGUGCUGAAAAAGAUAAUCAUCUCUGGAUUAUUAUUGAGAUUAUUGGUAAAAAAACAGAAUUUGUAAAAACGUGUACCAAUGAAGAGUUUAAUCUUAAAACUUCAUUAUUUGGUCUGGAACAUGUAUUUUUUGAUGCUGCUAAAAAUCUUGUUUGGCGAGAAAGAAAUACAUCUUUAAAUAACAAUUCAAAGAAUACGAAAGAAGUGCUCCAAAUAUAUGAAAUUGCUGUGGCUAAGCUCUUUGAUAUUUAUGAGCGUAUGAUGGAAGAUUCUGGAUGUGGAAAUGAUGUUAAUAGAACUUUUGGAGGAUAUACUGAGAAAUGUGCAGAAGAAUCUUGUAACUGUAAAGAUGUUUGCUCUCAAGACAGUGCAGAUUGCUUCAUUGGAAAAUCUCUAACUUUACAAGAUAGUUGUAAUAUAAGUGAAAUCUUGGAUGAAGCACAGUCUGCCGAUAUUGAAAGACUGCAACAGCUCAUGGGCAAAUGUAUAGUGCAGAUGGAAAUGCUGAAAAAGUAUUUUCAGAUUUUACAAGAAGAGGAUAUAACCAUAUUGAUAACCCAAGAAAAUAUAUUGAACUUCAUGAAGACUGGAGGAAUUAAUCCUGUCAUCCUGAAGCCGGAAGCUGUUGAAGUAUAUACUGAAUUGGCAAUGAUGUAUGAAACUAUUUUUUUCCUUAAAAACUCAAUAGCGAAACAAGGAGAUAAUCCGCGAUUUCGUAGUUUACUGUGGUUUGAUUUAUCACUUCUACCUGAACUUUUCCAGUGCCAAGAAAAAAUGGCUUUCCUGUCUUAUCGGAAAGAAAAGCUUUUAGAAACAGUGGAGGCUUCCGUCUUUGAACUUCAGGAGGAGUUGAACAUUAUUUAUGACUAUACAGAAGCCUUAAAUUGCUCAUAUGCGGUUCAUAUUCUCACAAGAGAAUUUGCGGAAUUUUCAGAAACAAGAAAAAUGUUGGGAACAUCCAAGUCUCCUGUCUCCAUGUGUGUAGAUUUGGUGCCAUAUGCUAUUGCUUUAAAUUAUGGAAGUACCGUUUCUGAAUUAGACUGUAACUAUAACCAGUUUUCUUUACUUCUUAAGAAAUUGAUGUUGUCCAAAAAGAAGGAUUUAGGAAAAAUGGCUCACGUUAUGAAGGUGAUGAAAACCAUUGCACAUAUGAAGUUUGUCUGUUCUGAACAGGGGAAAUCACCUCUUCCUGUGGUUAUACAUCAAAUGCUUAAAAACUGGAGAAAAACUUGUCGGUUGAAACGGCAGCUUGUAGGAACACGGUUGGAUCACAGUGACCAAAAUCUUCAGGCUUCCCAAACCCUAAAUAAAAGACCAUUUAAUGUAACUUUAGAAGACGAGCCCAGCCCAUCAGAAGAAAAGAUUGAUGUCUCACAUAACAAAAAGAAAAAGGACCCUAGAUCUUGUUUUACGGCAGAGAAAGAAAUGGAAAGACAGUCCCACUGAUAUUGACAGAGCAACUGCUUGUCAUUAGAAAAUGGAGGCAUAACUACAUCAAGAUUGAGUCAGCCCCAUCCUUUCAGUACUCGUGACUUUUCAAGAUAGUGAGCUAUUAAAGAAAAUUAUGGAAAACCUGUUGUCAUUGUUCCUUGUAAACUGCUUUAUUGGAAUGCUUGAGCACUUGUAAUUGGAUUGCAUAAACUCAGUGUUCCCUUAUCUGCAGCUGCUGCUUUUUCAGGAAUGCUACUCUUUCUAUUAAAGAGUCACUAUUAGUAUAUACAGGACACUUUCUAAUCCAUGUAUAUUUUGCCACUAAACUACUUUAUUAGCAAGAAGUUUCAGGAAGAUUAUCACAAAGAGUAAAUACAAGUCUGGUUUUUUUUAAUCAUUUCAGUUAAUGUGGAUUUUGUAGAGAAGGAAAUAAAAAUAUGUAACUAAUGAUCUGGAAUGUUAUUAGUUUCUGUUGUUUAUAUCUUGCCUUUCAAUCCUGUGGCCUCAUCAGUCCCAAACUGAGAUUUCUAUUCAACUUUAAAAAAGCAGAUAAAAUAAGCAAAUAAGGUAAAAUAAGCAAAUCUGAACCAAGAAUCAGCAUAGUAGUUAAGACACCAGUCUAGAAAGCAGGAGACCAUGAGUUCAUGUCCCACCUAAGGCAUGAAAGCCAGCUGGGUGACUUUGGGCCAGUCAUUCUCUUUCUCAGCCCAAGCCACCUCAUAGGGUUAUUGUUAUGGGGAAAAUAGGAGGAGGAAGGUAUGUUGGAUAUGUUCACUGCCUUGAGUUAUUUGUAAAAAUAAUAAGGGCAAAAUACAAAUAAAUAAAAUAUCCAGGUAAAGCAAGAAGUAAGACAAUGAAACUUAAAAGAUUAGUUGUGUAUAGAAGUUCUAAUAUACCAAAGUGAACUGUAGUUAGGAUCCCCAGAGUAUUAUAUCAUGGCUAAUUAUAUCUGUCUAUUGAACAAAGUCUCUGAUUAUUGCACUAGGCAGGCAAAGAUUGUCCCAUUAUCCAUACAGUAUUCCAAAUCAUUUUUGAUUUCACUGAUAAUGGCUAAUUUUUUGAAUUGGAGCAGUGAAACCAAUGAAGGGAGACAAAUGAUUCUCUAGAACAGAGAUGGACAAGUUUCAGAUUUUUAAGAUUAUACUAGGUACGCUAAAUAGAAAAACAGGAUUAUUUCUGUUAUUAUUCAUUAUUUCUGCUUAACAACAGAAAUUUUAAGUAUUUUAAAGCAUACCCUGUAGUAGUAAACCUUAUGUCUACACACCUUGCCUAAAUCCUUGACUUCUAUAACUCGAGAAUACUGUUUUGAGAUUCUGAGAAAUCCUUUCUUUGUUCUAUCUUAGAGAAUAUGCUUUCCAGAGGCAUCAAGCUACAUCCAUAAUUUUCAGAAUGGCAGUUUUGGAAUUCAAUUAGACUGAAAAAAGUUGAUACUUUUCCCCCUUUUUUUUCCUCAGAAAUUCUACACAUUCCUUGAAAUAAGUUGUUUAGAUUUCUUUGUUUUGAGGUAAUUUAUGUUAGACCUACAAUUACCAUACUAAGAAUGGUUCCCAGCAUUCUCUGUGAAGUGAAAAGCAUUGUGGCUUUAUUUUCAGUUACAUAGGUUUCUUGUUAUAAUUCAUUCCCACUAUCUUUUACUGGCUCUAUUUCCAUCCAUAUGCAGCAUAUGCACAGAUUUUCUUAAUUGUCCUGACCCUGGAAAUUGUACUGCCAACGUUCUAUAUAAACAUUUGUUAACAUCCAUUUUUAAUCCUGAAUAGGUUUCCCAAAGGUGAGACCCUAGAAUGUGUUUUGUUUUUUUAAUUUUACCAUUAAUUUUGUAUCAGCGCUUCCUUUUACUCAUGAUACAAUUUAGAAUUUCCUUAAUCACACAAUAUCGCCAAUUAUUACAGCUUUUAUGUUAAAGAACUUGUUAACUGCUGUGAAGAUGUGUUAUUGCAACUCCAGGAAAAACAAAUGCUACAAACUUAGUUUGCAGCACAAAUAAGCGUAUGCGGAGCAUUGGUAAA